AUGAUCUUCCCAGACGCGACAACUGUCGGUAACACACCUGAGGUAAUUGUAGAGACCGAGCGCAGUGUAUCGCCGGUCUCAGACAGGUCUUCGACGCCUACACCUGAGCCCAGGUCUGUACCGUUGCUUCGAGACUGCUCUGACCCGCCUGUUGAUUCCUGGGACGCCUAUCAGGAUCAGCUUGAAGAGCUCUCUGAGCCUACGAUUGUACCAGGACCCGACGACUCCCUCACCGUGAGCAAAGUCAGGCGGACAGCACCAGCACGGGAAAAUGCGAGUCCCUCGCCAAGCUCGAUUUACCCUACUGUCGAGGACGACUCGACCGCAAACCCCAGUGCUGCCGAAUUGAGCUCUUCGUCACUGCCUCACGCCGAGCCUUCACGCGAGACGGUCCGCAUCCAGGCUCCUCCCAAGCCAAGGACCGCGGAGACUGCCAGGUCGAUCAGUAUUGAUAACCCAUUGGGCCGUGGAAUACCUAAAGCCCGUCAGCCCUUUCGCCGCCACGUCACACCUGUAGUCUCUUCAUCACCUGCAGAAGAUACACCCCCGGACAACCAUGAUAAGGAAACUGUUACGAGCAGGAUCAAAGCCAAACGCAGCAUUCCCAACCUGUUCAACCGUGAGAAGACAAGCCCAAAAUCACCAGAAGCGGCGGCAUCCAAGCAAGGAUUCAUGAGUAGCACGCGAAGCUCGCUCGCUAAGGUCUUGCGCGAUUCCAAGAGCCUCUCAAAAGUUCAUCUGCCUAGAAAGACUGAACCGAAGCUGGAGACUGAGUCUGAUCACGUCUCUAACAAGAAGAGCUUCCAGCCAGGCAUGUUCUCUGCAUUCCCCAGCGGUAGAGCCACCCCGGCCGAACAGCCAUCGUCUGGAAGACCGAGCCACGUAGAUGAGAUGCUUCACGACAUCGUCGACCGUAUAGAUGCGCAACCUGAGAACUCACAAGAGCGUCUGCGUCACGUGGAGAUUGCAGAGGUAAGUGAAGCCCUCGAAUUGAACACCAGGGCUGAAGCCCUCCGAUUGAAAGCCAUUGCGGAAGAAGAACUUGUUCUGACCGUACGAAAUAAACAGUGUAUCAUUUCGGCCGCCGACAGUUCUCGCAAAGCCAACAUCAGCGCUAUGGAAGCGAGAAAGAGUGCUGUUGAAGCGGAAUAUCAUGCCGAUCGCGUCACGUCCGAAUUCACACGCCUGCGCGAGCUAUUCGACACCACGCCGAUGGAUGCUGAGUCCACGAGAUACAUCAAGAGUUUCCUACCUAAAUUUGAACGCAAACGAUCGAGAGAGGAGAUCCGCCGAGGGUUUAUGCCGGGCUUUCAUACAGCAUGUUGA